AUGGCCCAACUAUUCUGGGGUGCCUUUGCCCAGUCGUUCUUCAUCCCAAAGCCAGUUCUUACAGAAGAUAACCUGCCUGACCAAAGUGGCAAAGUACAUAUAGUAACGGGAGGGUAUGCUGGCAUUGGGAAGGAGCUGAGCACUAUUCUCUAUCAGCAUAAUGCCGUCAUUUAUAUUGCUGGAAGAAAUGAGGAAAAGGCAACGACUGCCAUUGAAGAAAUCAAGGCGCAAAACCCAGACUCCAGGGGCAGACUUGAAUUCUUAUCGCUAGAUCUCUCUGACUUGACCACUAUCAAGCCAGCCUUGGAGGAAUUCUCUGCACGAGAGAAGCGACUCGACGUACUGGUCAACAACGCUGGAGUCAUGAUGUGCUCCAAGGAUGCCAAGGGGACGCAAGGCCAUGAGCUUCAACUGGCUACCAACUGCUUAGGGCCAUUUCUCUUCACCAAGGGUCUCGUUCCCAUCUUGAAAGAGACGGCUCUCGCCAGCCCACCAGGCUCAGUGCGCGUCAUCUGGGCCAGCUCCAUCACCGCCAAUCUGCUGUCACCGGCCGGCGGCGUCAAGCUUGGUGAGGACGAUGCACCACAGACUUCUUCAUCGCAGUCCACGAAUUAUGGCCAAUCCAAAGCCGCCAAUAACUUCUACGCCGCCGAGUUCAGUAGGCGACAUGAAGCGGAUGGUAUUUUGAGCCUCGCCUUCAACCCAGGGAACCUUGCGACCGAGCUGUGCCGCCAUCUUGGGCCUGUCGAAUUAUUGACCGCCAAGAUAGUUAGCCACCCAUCUCGUCUCGGUGCAUACACAGAACUAUAUGCCGGUUGGAGCCCUGAUAUCAAGAUGGAGGAUGGUGGCAUGUUUGUGAUUCCGUGGGGUAGACGGGGCAACGACAUUCUACGAAACGAUUUGCGAGAGGCAAUCGAGGAGUCUGAAACCAAUGAGAAGUCUAUACCUAGACGACUUUGGGAAUGGAGUGACAGGGAAACUGCGCAGUACGCGUAG